GAACCCAACCUUGCCGAUAGAAUAAUCGAUUGGAAGCCUAUCAGCGGAAGGGUGGUAAUCCUCCGUCUGAAGCUACAACAGGCUAAAUCGAUGACCUUGGUACAGGUCUAUGCGUCCAAUUUGGAAGGAGAAUACGACACCUUUCUUGAGGAAGUGCAAUGUGCUCUGUCCGAAGUGUCGAAUACAGAAUCCCUCAUACUCAUGGGUGAUUUUAAUGCGCACGUCGGAGUAGACGUUGAAAAGUGGAACGGCGUGAUUGAGAAAAACGGCCCUAGCGACCUCAACAGUAACGGCAUGAAGUUGCUGUAG